UAGGAUUUGUUGUCAUUGAAUCAACUAUCCAUUCCCUAAAUAACGCCAGAAAAUGGGUAGAAGGAAGUCUAAAAGGAAACCCCCGCCAAAAAGAAAAAACAUUGAACCACUUGAUCAACAAUUUAAUUGUCCAUUCUGCAAUCAUGAGAAGUCGUGUGAAGUUAAAAUGGAUAAGGGCAGGAACACGGCCAAAAUAACUUGUAGAGUGUGCUUAGAAGACUUCCAAACUGGAAUUAACUUUCUCUCAGAACCUAUAGAUGUUUACAAUGAUUGGGUAGACGCUUGUGAAACUGCAAAUUAAUUAGAAUUAUUCUAAAGUUAGAUUCUAAUUUUUAUAUCUAUGAUUUACUAUCAAUGCUAAGUGUGUAGGGCCUUGUUCACGAAAUUAAAAUAAAUUGAGAUUAAACUGAACAGUAUCGUAAAAGUGCUUCGCACUGCUGCUGCCAGAAAA